AUGCUAAAAGUAGCAACUUCAACUGGCACCAAUGACAAUGUAGGAGUACCUCGAGGACGUGAGACAGAACUGAAGAAGAAGAUCCAAACUCUUGAGGAGACGGUAGCAGAAUACGAGCGACAGAAAUACAAUGUGAUGGGGACAUUUAGUGAGUACAGAGAACGUGUAGCAGAACGUGAACGUAAGCUGGAAGCUGAAUAUUCAAGCAAAAUUAUUGCACUUUCUGAAGAAGUAUUAGGAGCAAAAAAGGACUUUGAAGCCCGAAUGAAGAGCUUCCAGGCACUUCAGGACAAAUUUGAACGAGAAAAGGAACAAGCGCUAGAAAAGUUGAGGCAAGAGCACCAAAAGGAAAUUCAGCUAUUGGAGCAACGAUUUUCAGAGUCUCAGUUGCUGAAUUUAGAGCAGAAGUACGUAAUCGAAAUUCAACGACUUGAGGAAGAACGAAAGUCGUUACGAUCAGAAAAAGAGCGGCUUGAGGAGACAUUUGAAAUGAAACUGCGCAGAGCACAAUCUCUCUAUGAAACUGAGUUGACAGCAGCAAAAAUGUUAUACACUAAAGAGCUUGAAGCGCUGAGGGAUCAUGAAGAGGCUUUGAAAGAAGAACUUCUGGCGAGACAGGACGAGUUCCACGAUCACCUGCAAGAACUGCAACAUCAAUCAGAAAGAAGCAGAGAUGAGUUGGACAGUUGUAGAAAUGAAGUAACAGCACUGGAACGAAAACUACAAUCGAAGGAAGUGGAGGUACAAACCAUAAGUAAGGAGCUGGAAGAUGCCCGUGCAGAGACAGAUGAAGCUCUAAAGCGACUAUCACUGACCACUAUCGAUUAUAACGAGCACAGACAAAAAUUUCAACAACAAGAAGAAGAGCUACGAAAAAAAUCAAGACUACUAAAUAUGGUGGAAGUAGCUAAGACGAAACUUGAAACUGUCGUACGUGACCUGCAGACAGAAGUUCGUGCCCUGAAAAACAAGGUAGAGUUUCUGAAAAAAGAGCGUGAAAACCUUCAAAGUCAGAGCGAAAGCCAAACACAGUUGCAGAACUCUCAAGUAAAUGCGCUAGAAGCGGUUCUCGAAAGCGUUACCAAAGAAAAAGAAGCUACAAAAGAGCACUACGAAGGACUUUUAGUGAAGGAGAGACAACAGGCCGAAGCUCGCGAACAUGCAAUGAAAAAAGAAUUCAGCACCAAAUUAAAUGAGCUCGAGGAGCAGUACACAAGCUUAAAAGAAGACCUAGAACAUUCAGCGAAGUUGGAUAGAGAUGAACUGAGGGAAUCAACUCAACAUGAGAUUCAAACGUUGAGGAGUGAAAAGACAUUGCUUGAAGCGGAAAUAUCCGCUCUUAAGGAAAAAUUCUUGGAUGAAUGCCAUUCCGAGGAUAAAGUUGUUGAGCAGUUGAGCGUCGUCUUUAGUGAAACGGCUAAACUAACGAAAACUCUUGAAGACUAUCGGGAACGGAUCAAUAGUAAAGAUGAAGAAAUCACCUCCUUACGCCAUCGUAUUGACCAUGAAUUAUCACUUUCUGAAGAACAACUACGAAGGAAUUUGCUCGAUAUCGAACGCUUGCACUCACAAGUAAGAAUCACACAACAACAACGCCAUCUACCUGAUCCAGUGAAACGUGAACAGCACGAAGAAGCCGAGAAAGAACGCAUGCGAAUUAUCGAAGAAUUACGAUUGGACAACGAAAAACUUAAGGAAGUGGUUAAAAAUAUAGAUAAGGUAUUCUUUUUAAAUGAAGUCUCACAGAAAUGUACUUUCUAUUUGUACACUUUACUAACACAAAGCAUGACAACUGGUGGUGUAUUUCAAAACUUCGUAAGUCAAAUGAAGGAUAAGCGUGACGAAACAAAUGAACAACGCACCAAAAAAAAGGAAGAGAAAAGAGCCGAAAAAGCGGGAAAAGAGGCUGCUAUAGAGAUUACCAAAGAGAAAUCACCAUUGCACUCCAAGUCGCCAUCACUUCUGACACGAUUUCGAGAUCGUAGUCCAAACAAGACGCACACACCAGUCGACAAUCUUGAGACCACACCGUCAAUGUCGAGCAGGAACCUUUUAUCGCCAAGCGACGCUGAAAGAAGAAGCUCACCGUCACGACCACUAUUUAGCAGAUAUCGUAAAGAACCAAGGGAUGCGGAGAAAAGACCAGCUUGGAAAUUCUAA